AUGGCUGCUUUCGUUUCAGACUGGCACCCGGCGGGGACGACUGUGCCAACUCGUUUUAAGUACAUGCGUGAGGCUACGCCAUAUGUCAAAAAGGGCUCCCCGGUGUCAGAGAUUAGCUGGGAGACGCCCCCUCCUGAGUCUCCACGCCCCAGCAGCCCUCCCAUCACUUCCUUCCCCUCCUCCUCUUCCUCGCCUCACUCCCUGAGCUCUCCCAGCCAGCCCUACCUGUCUCUAUACAGCGACAGGAGGUACAUACCUCUGAAGAUGUCUUGUGUAACCCGAGCCAUGACCAAAGCAGAUCCUGAGAACAGACAACUGGAGCUGCACAGUCCUGAUGCCAGACACACCAUUGUGCUCCGGUGCCCAGACCAACCAUCUGCCCUGUCCUGGUUCUCUUCCAUGCACUCGGUCACAUCCACGCUGGCACAGCGGACGGCGGCGGAGGUCGUUCAGAAUACAUCCAAGACAGGGGUAGCUGGCAGCAAAGAGAUCCGACACCUGGGAUGGCUGGCAGGGAAGACGGAGAGUGAGAAGCAGUCUUGGAAGCCGGUGCUGGUGGUGGUGACAGAGAAGGACUUGUUGCUGUACGAGAGUUUGCCUCGAAGCAAAGAGGCCUGGCAAAAUCCUGCACAUAAUUUUCCACUUUUAGCAACACGUCUGGUCCAUUCUGGUCCUGACCGGGGGUCGCCGUGCUCUGGUACUGAGCUGUUUUUUGCCACUCGAACAGGCACAAGACUUGGCAUCGAAACUCACUUUUUCCGCACCGAGACCACGAAGGAUUUAUCCAUGUGGACCCGACACAUCGUCAACGGAUGUCACGCAUCGGCUGAGAUGAUCAAAGAAGUCACAACUAGUUGCCUGUACAGAAGUCAGGAGUGCCGGCUGGUGAUUCACUACGAAAAGGGCUUCUCUGUGCUGGCUGACCCAAAAGGAAGAUAUGGGGAAGAUGGUGAAGAACGAGUAAUUGACACAUCGGUCAAGCCCCAGGUGCUCCUUUCCUACCCCUUUGAAAAACUAAAAAUGUCCGCUGAUGACGGCGUGCGCAUGCUCUGUCUGGACUUUGGAGGAGAGGAGGGGGAAAUUCAACUGGAUCUUCACUCAUGUCCAAAACCGAUCGUCUUCAUCGUCCACUCUUUCCUGUCUGCUAAGAUCUCCCGCCUGGGUCUGGUGGCCUGAUCAACUCCUUAAAAGGACUUCCAAAGUCCUUUGGAAACCAAUCCCAUCUAGUUUCUUCAUCUGGCUAAAGCAGCACACCACCUCAAACUCCUUCAUUUGGAAAACCAAACUGAAUGUAGCCUUUAUUUGUAAUUUUAGCUUUUCUGUGUUGUAGCAGGUGCCUGAAACUGGUUACACUUCAGAUAUAUCUUGGAGCGGGGUUAAUGACUCCAUGUUAAGGCUCCCAGAAGGUGAACCUUGGCUGAAGAACCAGAGGGAAGAAUGUGAACCGGACUCAGAUAGUUGACAUAAAGACAUACCAACAAACUGACAAGAGAACAUGGGCAUUAAUGUCACGUCCAGGAUGGGAAGGACUGGCCGCAUGUAGCUGGAUGGAGACGAAUUCACUUUUAAUUCAAUCUAAAUGUAACAGCAACCUGCCUUCCAUUUACCAAUUAUAUCAUUUAUUUACCAUCAGCUCUAAAGGAACAUUCCUAAUUUCACUUGUCAUCCGUCUUCCUCAAACACAUGACACACCGUGGAGAAACUUUGCACAUUAGUCUUUAUUAGUCCCCCACCCCACCCCCCAGGGAUGUCUCGUUAUCAGUGUCAGCAUUCAUCAUCCAGGCAGGGGAUGGGAGGGGGUCAACUUUUUCCACCAAAUAAUGACUCACUGAGAUUUAAACUAUCGCUGCAUUCGUUUAACAGCUUGCUCAUGAUAACCAGACUGUGAUUUUAAGGUUUUUAGGUGUGUCAGAUACACAUGAGGGUUCUGGAUCUGCAGGACCUUAAAAUAUAGACUGAUUUUGCCUGCAGAGGAAAACACUAGACUGAGUUUUGAAAUGAUCGAAGAUAAACAUUUGAUAUUUCAGGUAAAUUAUUAUUAACUUUUCAAAGCAUUAAGUACAUACUUGAUUUAGUCAUGGUACAUAUAUAUAAUAUAUAGAAUAUAACAGAAAUAAUUUAUUUUUUUUAAAACCCCUUAUACUAAAUCUUGAGAUUAGAUCAGGAACAUGUAAGACAAAUUCAAAUGUUCUUUCAAUAUGCACAGUUGUAAAAGCUCAGGUGGUUAAACUGAAAGAGGCCCUCAUGCACUGCAUGGCAGUGAAACAGCCCUCUGCUCUGUUUAGUAUGCCUCUGUCAUAAAGUUUUCCAAUGACUUAAUUUUCUUUAAUCACAUUGAUCGUUUUUUAACAUUUAAUUGAAGUUUGUUAAUUCACAUGGGGUGAAUUAAUUAUUUUAACGAAUUGGCAAACUUAUUGACUAUUUUACUAGUAGCAUAGGCCCAUAUAAUCUCCACUAGAAAGGAAACUAACUUAUUCCACUAACUUAUUUCUGGAAAGAACAGUUCAUACUGCAAAAUAUCAAAUACAGGACUGCUGGGAUGUCAUCAUAGGCCCCUCCCACUACAACCUCUUCCUGUUGCAGCCCUGACAGAGAGAACAGGGCUAAUGUAUUAGCCUUUAAUUCUUCUUGUAUAAUAUUUUACAAGACUGGUUCACUCAGAAAGAGUCCUGGAUCAUCUCUUAUAUAUUCUACUUUUGCCCACUCUUCUUUUUAUUAGGUUUGAGUUGUGUUUUGGUUUAUGGUCCUGAAUCCGGACUCUUAAAAAAAAAAAAAAAACUUGGACAAACAGUCAGGUUUACCCGGUUCUUUUAAAAACCUCAAUUAUGUCAGACACUCUAACAGUAUCACAGGUCCUUUGCCAUACUUAAUUAGUCAACUUUGAUGUCCCAGUUUUGCUUAGCAAACCCAAUGCAUUUAUGAUAGAUUUGGUUGGAUGUGCAAUAUUUUUUUUUUCUAGCUUGUGUUAACAGACAACUCUUUCAUAAAUACAUGGUGCCUAAUGGCUGUUAUAGAGAUGUUCUGACUUCAAGUUGCCAACUGGCUUCAGAUCAAAGUUAGAGGUUUGGAGGUUAUCGUAAACCCCAACGUCCUCUUUACUCACACAAGAUAACUUGGUAUCCAGUCUAAUGACAUGAUGCAACUUCGACCUCAUAUAAUAUUCAAACCACAGGGAAACAAAUAGUCAUGGGUUAUAGACACUGUGAAACAUUGCGUUUAUAAUGAAACAUGAAUUUAAGGACUAACGUUUAUGGGAGACUUGGUGUAUCUGGUUAGUUAGACUGACACCUGUUUUUACAUCCCUAUACCUGACAGAUGCAACUGUUCAUGGAUAGUGAUGGGAAAAUGUGAAGAUGGUAAAGAAAGAAGGAACAAAAUAUGAAUGAAUCAAACUAAUAACACAAUUUUCAUCAAUCUUGCUGGAAAACAUAUUUUACUCCAACCCUGUCCCAAAAUGCAGAAACAAAUCAUUCAAAAGCUAAAUAGACACUUCAAAGAUUUUUCAAUCAGUUUGCCUUUGACAGAAAUAGAUGAAAUGUAAAUGUGUGAUUGAAGGAAAACACUAGAGUAGAUAAUCCCGGUACUCUAAAGAAAAACUACUGCAUUUCAUUCUUGAAUGAAAAUAUAUAAACUAGAACAUAAUUUUGGUUUAUUUUUAACAUUUUAGACAUGUUCGGGGGCUAACCUUCAAACUGGAAACGUUCUGGGUUCAGGCCUCUUUUCUUUUCUUUUUUUCUGUUUUACAUUACAGAUGAUGUUGUUUGGUUUUGUCCAUUUUAGUUUAACAAGUUGGCUUGAAAGGUCUAAAACGGAGCAAUCUCAAAUGUGAUAAAAUCUGGUUGAGAAACAAUAACCUAUUUCUCAAAUUGCUUAUAUUCAGCUAAGUUUUCUGUCCAUGGAGUGGCUCAUUAUUUCUGAGAGGAUAAUUCAUCAACUCCAAUAUUUCUAGUCCAGGACUAAAAACAGUCGCACUGUUUCAGCUUCACAUUCAUCAAGAUAAAAUUUGCUAUUACUUAUUUGAUUGAUUGCCAGCUUUAAUAACAAAGAUAAGACUCCUUAAAAAAAAAGGCAUCACAGUGUUUGGUCCUUUGUCAGCCCCACUGCAUCAAGGUUUCUUUUCAUAUCUGUGGAAUGAUGCGUCUCUGACGGGGCUACCUGCCAGAUCUCUUUUUUUUUGCAGAGACUUGAGGACAAUAGAUGUUUGAAUUUAAGGAUAAAUCAACUAAAAACUGAGCAUUAUGAGCAAUAAAGCUUCUGUGGUGGUAACAUCAAAUGCUCAGCCGUCUGCAGAUACAUACCACACACACACAGUGUAUAAAAUGAUAUAUGCAUAACAGUCCUACCACACUGUUAAAAAAGCUAUAUGAAUUUUUGAUGUAUGUAAAAAAAUUGUAACACUGAAGAAUCCAGCACUUGCUGAGAAAGUAAGUUAGAGGGAAGCUCUGUGAUUAAAAAGCUGCUUUCAUAUGUAGAGCUCUGAUGCCUUCGGCAGCUACUGUACUGUCACUCAGAAUGAUGAUGCUUACUUUUUCAUUCAGAUGUUGCACAUAAAUCCUGUGAUAAAUAACAGUUGAUUAGUUGUUUUUGUAUUCAACUGUGAUUUAUUAUUUUUCAUCAACAGCAAACAAAUCACCUCCUCUAUCAUAAAGAUGUAAAUUAAACCUG